AUGGACACUUGGUCACCCAAAACUGGUGAAUCAAGCACCACCUCACACGUGGAAGAUUCCACUAAUAGUUCAGCACAAACUUCAAGUAGUGAGCAGCCCUCUAACAGAGUUAUAAUGUUACUUGGUCUUGAUCCAAAUACCACUGCUGGAUUGAUAACGAAAGCGUUUGAUUCUUAUGGUUUAAAAGUUACAGUUGAUUAUCAACGAGAUGACACUAUAGGCUAUGUUCAUUUACAGCAUCCAAUUGCUAAGACAGUAGCUGAACGUAUUAUGAGCAGUGGUGGGCUUAGGAUUAGUACUGAAGUUUCUGUACUGCGUGCUUUGGAAG